AUGCUAGAAGCUGGUUGGAUAUGUCAUACUUCAGGAAAUGUCAAACAUGCAUUUAUCUAUGGAACUUAUUUUUAUACAUUACUUAUACCUGAUAUCAAACAAUUAACUACUACUACUACUACUACUACUACUUCGAAUACUACUAAUAAUAAUACUACUAAUACUACUACUAAUAAUACCCAAAAUGAAAAUUCACUUAAUCUAUCUACAUUGGAUAUUAAUAAUGAAUUGAAUACUCAUUCUGCUCCAGUUACACCAAUUCAAUUGAAUCCAUCCACUACAAAUUAUGCCAAUUCAUUAUCGAUCAAUACAUCACAAUCCAUAGCUGGCUUAUCAUCAUCGUCAUCCUCCUCCUCCGCAUUCCCAUUAACUACUAAUACUACUACCACUACUAUGACGACAACGACAUCCACACACACACCGCUAACAUCAUUGAACACUUCUUGUCUUGUCACAUCUUCAACCAACACUGCCACCACAUCAAUAACAACUAGCUGUUUGUGUACGCCUACAAAUGAAUUGAAUAAUUUGUCUGCUUUCAAUACUAUUACUACUACUACUACUACUACUACUGCUACUACUCCCACUACUAACGAUAAUAAUAGUAAUAAUAAUAAUAAUCACGAUAAUGGCAGUACUAGUACUACUACUAAUACUACUCAAAUGAGUAGUUCUACUAAUAUGAUUGUCUCAACAAUCCCAGUUACAUCAUUUAAUUUUACAAAUAUAAUUACCACUACUACUGCUAGUACUACUAGUACCACUACUACUACUACCACUACUAAUACUACUGCUACUACUAGUACUAGUACUAGUAACAGUAAUAACACUAGUAGUAGUACUCCAACUAAUACAACAAUUACAACUGCUUCACAAUUGUCAACCACAACAACCACAACCACAACAAUAAAACAAAAUGAAUUUCAUUGUAAAUUAAUGCAUUUCUUUAAAACUCUGUCAAAUGUGGAUUUUAAUUUAUUAUCACAACUACCAAUGAGAUUUCCUAAAGAUUAUUUACCGAAAUUAUUAAAUGAUCCAAUGAAAUGGACUAGUGUCUUUCAAAAUGAAUGGGCUGAAGUAUCGAUUGUGCAUUAUGGCGCAAAUGCGGAAUGUCAAUGGAAAGCACUGCACCAUCUUCAACAACAACACCAGCAACAACAACAAUCACAUCAUCAACAGACGAUUGAUAAUUAUGAUUUGUUGAAUGAGACUGGUAGUACUCCAAAUGUAUUUUCUUGUUGUGCUGCUGCUAGUAGUACUAUGAGUACGAGCGCCACUGCGACAACGAUUACUAUCACUGCUAAUAAUGAGUCAUGUCCAUCAUUGUCUACAUCAGAAGAAGUACACUUUGAUGGGAAGAAUGAAUUGAAUAGUUUUUUUAAAGAUGGUCUUUUAACUUAUUCAUCGAUUACUGCAUUGUUUGGUAUACCGGAUAAAACUGGAUUUCAAGAAAUUGAUCAAAUUCUUCGUAAAAGUUGUCUAUGUGAUUUAGAUGGACCAAAUCAUGAUGGACCAGUUGAAUGGGCACAUUGUGUCUAUGAUGCAAAUUAUCAUCCAACUUGUGCUUUCUCCAUUGAACUUCAAUGGCUUGUAGUUACUGGUGGACGAAUGGCUGAACUAAUAUCAUUAUGGUAUCAAAAAGCCGGUACAGCGAAUUUACACUUUUUUCCAGCUCCAUGUUAUCCAUUCGGUCAACCGGAUGAUGAUUUAUCCGAUAAAGAUCCAUUGCGUAAACCAAUCUUUUUACCAAUCAAUAUUAAUGUAUUAAUUAAUGUCGCACAAAAAUUUUAUCAACAAUUCAAAAAUGAAAAUAAUAAUGAUCAUACUGAUGAGAAUCAGAAUAAUGUAAAUUCUUGUAUGCAUAUGAAAGAUUUGUUAAAUUAUUUAUUUCCUGUUAAUCCUCAAAUGCUUGUAGAAUUGUCACAUUUUUUUCUAAAAAAUAAAUUGUUAUUUGAUUGGUAUGUUGAUGCUACUGCUGCUGAUGAAUACUCUAAUCAUGUGGUCACUUUUUUUCUAUUCAUCUCAUCAAAAUAA